GUGUUUGAAUGUGGUUUCUUUCCUUGACUGGAAGGGUUGGACGUGCCUGGGUUAUUUUGUUAGAAUAAUUAGCCGACUACCUUUGAACUUCGCUAACUAACUUUCCUUCCUUCUCGCGUCUUGGUGUACCUUUUGGCGCUUCGCCCAUUUCAGUGCUUCCGCAGCAGGCCAUACGGCAUACCCCUAAACUGACAGUCAUGUAGUCCUGCUCCUAUUUUCGUAAGCAAAACAUUAAUUUUCAUAGUUUCUUUCCGAAUCUUGGUCAGGAUGUUUUCAGUUUGAAGUCAUUGUAUGUGCACGUUAUUGAAGCCGGUCACGUAACUGUCGUUGGCACUAACUUUUCAGAAGGAGGCUCUGUGUACGUUGUAAAGAACGCCUCUCGAGUAGUCCGUGUCACGAGCAAGAAUACUCGCUGGAGUAAGCUGCUGCCUCGAAAACAAUGGCUACACGCCAGGAGCGGCGAAGACACCGAAGCGGCGAAGCGGACACUGCGCGCCGGUCCCGUUCUUACGCAGGACGGACAGACAAUGCCUCAGCUUCGCGGCGGCGUGCUCGCAGCACACGUUCAGGCACUACAGCAGCUGAAAAUGGCGGCACCGGCGGUUCGUACCCCGCUGAACAUAGAACUACGCAGAGAACGGAGAGAAGCGAUGGGCUAAGUGACGACAGCCCUUCUGAAUGGGACCGCAGCCUACACGACGCUCAAGGUGCUCAGUUCUCAUUUCGACCAAGGGUGAAUAGAUUGGACUGGAGAAAAAUUGCUUCCAUAGACGUGAACUCGGUGAUAAUGGGAAGAGAUUUCAAAGCGCUAGAAGGCAAUCUUGUCAACCUGACAUUCUGCAAUGUGGAACUGGAGCAAUCUCCAUCGCUGGACAGGAACUUUAUGAAGGUGGUGAAGCUGUUACAGUUGAUGGUGGAGUGUUUACUGUAUGCCCAGAAGGAGCUGAAGGAGGAUUCAAGCCUACAACGCGAAAAGUGGAGUGCUGCAACGAAGAGAGAAGCCAGCACAAGUGCUCUCCUGCAGAAAACUCAGAAGAAGCUGCAGUCCUACAAGAAGGAGAUGAAGAACAGAAAGGAGAACAUCAUUAUGCUCCAAUCACUUCUAAAAACCGACAACGACAUCCAGCAGUGUCCUUAUUGUCCCAAACAGUUCGUUAAUGAGCCGCUGCUUCACGGUCAUAUGGAGCGCCGCCAUCCUCGCUUUGCUGCUUCAGCUGCUAUACCCAAAUCGACUGUUGCCAUGGCUGCACCCCAUCCAGGAGAAACGCAUCGCCAGUCCAGCACAGCCUCAGUAGACGACAAGUUGAAGCAAGAAGAAGCUGCUAGGCAAGUAUCGAGUCUUCAGGAUUCGGUUCAGAAUCUCACGAAACGCCUCCAGGACAAUGAGGAAAGGAUGCGUCGGAACUUUGAAGAGCGGGAAGCUGAUCUGAAUAAAGAACAUCAACAAGCACUACAAGAAGCGACGAGGCAAGAGAAACAAAGACACGAGGCUAAUCUGCAAGCAGUUGUUCAGCCACUACAACUUCAGAUUGAACAGCUCAUGGCAACACAGAAGGCCCAGGAAGACGCUAUACGCAAGUCAAGAUCAUCCCGAUCAAGAUCAACAAACCUCGGUGACAUUGAGGAUGCAAACUCAGAUAGCGAUGAAUCAGCUGGCCGGGCUCAUCGUCACGAAAGGAGAUCUCACAUCUUGGAGAAGGAAAGAGAGCUUCUCGAAGUGAAGCAGGAGCGUGAGAAACAGGCCGGACAGAUACUUGAGCUGAAAGCCAUUAUGAAAGAGCAGAUGUCCAAGAUGGAGCAGCAGCAGGAAAGCCAAAAAGACGAGUGGAGAUCAAGGCUGAAUGAUGUUGAGGAUACGUAUCGCUCUAAAAUGCAGCAGAUGCUACUAAGUCAACAAGAACAGAAUCACAGAGAAGUGGAGGCACAGCAGCAGAGCCAAGAACGGCAACGUAGGCAAGCAUCAUCCCGGCUAGACUAUGAAGCACAGACGGUGUCAACCACAAACACUGGCCGUGUAGAAGAAAGAAGAAAGGCCGUAGAAAGAACGCCGCAGCAGAGUGCACUGCCCCCUGAAGGCAGCAGAGUUACCGGACAAGCAGAGGCACACACUCAACCGCACAAGCAACAGGUGCCAGUGGCUCAUACACGAGAUGUAAUACCACGUGAUCAACAAGGAGUGGACGACUCUACAGAGCUCAGUGACUCGGAUGAUGACUAUGUUGCUGGGAGCAGCCAAGACCAACAGCACCAGGUGGUCUCCAGAACAAGAUCAGAAGGAGUGUCGCAUCGCCAGGCACCUGCUAUUGCUGCUCCGAAUGCGUCAGCACGUGAAGAUCCUGAGACAACGCGGUCUGAGAGAAGGACUUCAUCUAGCGGCACAGUCAAGCGGAAAUCUGAAAGCUUUGACACCCCAGCACAGCAACAGUCUGCUACGUACCAUCUACCCAGUAACCAAGCGAUCACCACGCGGUACAACCAUGCACCAGCUGUCAUUGAGCAAACCAGGGCUGAAGUUCAGGAAACCAUAAGAGUGGAGAUGCAGCGUGCUGGCCUGAAGAGCGGCUUUGCAUGCUUGAGUGAGGAGGACUUUGGCGGAAGGAUGGAAAAUUUAGAAAGAUCAAGACAAGUGCAAAGUGUGAGACAACCUGGUCUUGAAACAAUGCGCCAAAAAGUACGUCAGCAGCUAGAAGACAUCACCAAUCAAGGUUACUCAGCAUGGAAAGAGCAGAACCCACCCAAACAAACGCUGCUUUCAACAGUGCCAAACACACCUCCAAUUUCACCUGAUAAAAGGAAGCAAGGUGAGGGUAUUCACACACAAAAGAAGAUGCCUGCACUGAAGGUGAAAGCAGUCGCAGCCCUCACAGCUCCAAGAGCAAAUGACUCGGAUAAGUCACGGCCACCCAUGACACCAUUGAAAACUCAGUCGUCUACACCUGGAGGCUCUAGCAAGAAGCAAGAUACAUCUACAAUUGGGAAAUCAUCCAAGGCCACAACACCUAAUGUAUCGGCAGGUAGACCAAUAUCUUCAAGCACUCCACUGGAACCGAGCAACAAAAGACUUGGCCAACAGCGUCCCGUUGUACAUGCUGGAGAUCCGUAUCAGCCUAGUGAUUCUUCAUCGCCACUGUCGGAUGAUGAAGAUGACGAAGAAGAGCAAGGAGGUAGGAAAGCUGACAGAACAGGAGCCGCUGCACGUCGUGUUAAUACCAAGCCAAUUCAGUCAAGUCAGUCAGCUGUACAGCGCCCAGCUGUACCAGCAGAAAGUCCAGUGUAUGCCGUUGCCAAGCCUCCAUCAAAACCAGGGUCCAGCAGUAAGCCGGGUAAACCAGGCUAUGCUAACAAACCCCCUGCAAUUGAACGUGCCAGUCCUGCUGCCCCUACUACUACUGAUAGGUCGCAGCCUCAAUCAGGCAUUGCUGCGCCUGAUCCACGCUUACCUAGAUCCGCGCAGGCAGCAACUCCGACAAUUCCUGCCAACGCUGCCGGUGGUGAUGUUGACAAGAAGCAGAGGGGUGUCAGUUCAUUGGCACAAGCAAGAAAGCAAGCGUCUCCAGAAGAUGAUGAGGAUGACAGUUCUUGGGAGGAAAGCAUCAGUGAACUUAAUGAGGCAGUCGGCCAACCAGCAGCUUCAGCUUUACAACCACCAGCAACAGCAGCCUCAGUGGUGCAUACAGGUGGACAUGUUGGGAAAGACAUGGAUGACUCCUUGAGCGACUUGAGUGGCAGUGAUGAAUUGGCCGAAUCUUCGCCACAGCAUAUACCAGCUCGCCUACACACAGAGACAUUAGCGGUGGGUGAAGUGGAUAGUGAUGAUGCCCCUAUUCAAGGCACUGGGAGAGUGCGUGAGCUGGCAGCAUCACUGAGCUCGUCAAUGAAUAUGACACCGACAAGACCUCCAGCUGGUGGUCUAGACCUGAGAAAGGCACCAGUAGGGACAAGAACUGCACAGGCUGCUAGGCUACCUACAAGUGAACUUGGUAUUGAAGACGAGGAUACUUUCAGCUUGUCAUCUUUGGAAGAUGGUGGUAAUCAGGCCAAGAUUCCAGCAAGGUCAAGUUCACCAACAGCUGUGCUGAGUGCCGGCAAAGCAGUACAUGGCAGCAGUACAGCUAACAAUAGGAAGGGAUCUGUCUCUUCUUGGAAAGACGCCGGAGUAGCGAGUGGGCAAGGCAGUUUGGGUGCUGGCUCGUCCAUCGCUGUAUCGUCCUUCAACAUCGAAGACAUGUCUGAUUUGUCAGACGAUGAUAACUGGCCCUAGUGACCCAGUUCUGUUGAAAAUGCAGGCCUGACAUCCUGGCUGCUUAUUUACAUUGCCUAGACACUGUAGUGCCAGUGCCAGCUACAUUUGACCAAGCGUUACAAUCUACAAUCCGCAGGUUGCAGAAUACCCGGUGCCAGCAGAAAAUAAAGCUGCCAUCGUCGACUGACUGCCUGACCCAGAUGACCUUACCUAUCACAACUCACUGAAAAAAGAGUAAUUAUCAUCAGAAGUUGAGUUUUGUGAGGGAAGGAACUUUCAAUAGGCAAGGACAGCACAAGCCAUUCUCCGGUACUUCUGAGCUCUGACCUCGAGUAUGGAGUUUGUCACUAUGCCUUUAGUUCUUGAAAGAUAUUAUCAGCACUGUCCGGCCUUCACUACACUCUUGUUGAUCUUUCAGUGCACUUCUGGGAAAUUGAACAUUUGUUAAAUGGUUCGUGUAAGUAAAAAGUAAAAAGCAAUCUACUCAAUCUCAAUCAGUUUGCGGCCGGCAAGUCCUGACUGAACGCAAACUAAUCACGAUCUCGAUUGUACCUGAGACAUUGCGUCACCCUGUCACCCUUACACACUUCGGAUAGGCCUGAUGAUGGCAGCAGCAUCUUCCAGGAGGCAUCAUUGCAUGUUGUUUCAAGUAUGACUUUUCUGUUUGAAUUUCUUGAGCAUUAAUUACACUUCCAUGUUUUUCGUAUAAUCAUUUACGCAUAUAUAAGGCCUAAACAAAACAAAAUCAACACGCAA